GAACAACUGAUCGUCAAACAGCUGUUUGCUUAGUCAGCGCGCUCUCGCCGGUAGAGUGGUCGCUCAUUAACGCACAGAGCGCUUCAAAAGUACAAUAGUGUAUACAUAAUACACACACACAACAACAACUCGAGUACAAAAUGUUUAUGUCAGCCGAGCUCAGCACGUCGUUUGAGGUUUUGCUGUAGUUUAUACCGCGCCGCUCACCUUUCGCCACGAGUUCUGUGCGUCAGCGUUUGUCGUGAAGAGCGUGUAAAUGAAUUAGCAAACAUGGGACUAACGUCAAAAAGACGCAGAGGCAUUGAGAAAGAAGCAAUCUUUAAGUAAGUUAGACUUGAGUUUUAAGUGCGGUUCAUGCUUAGUCUAACCAAUUGGCGGAGUUGUGUUGGGGAUAAAUGAAGUUUGAGAACAUCACAUGAAAACGGAGACAGCAAACGAACGCAGAGACACAGAUUAAAUUGUAUCUAGAAGAUACAUUCGUCAUGGCGAUUACUCGGGCUUAAAAACAACAGUUAACAAUAAAGCAACAAAAAACGCGUUAAAAACGACGACGACGUACAACAACAAGCAAGCAGCGCAACAAAAGUAAAUAGAGAAGCGAGUGUGUGAGCAAGUGAUCGUGAGCGCUGGUUGGCUGGCUGACUGGCGGCGGCUGGCUGUCGUGCAGUUGCUUUGGAGUGUUGUUGGUUUGCAGUGUUGUUGGUUUGCAGUGCUGAAGCGCUGUUGCUGCGCCAAAGAAAACACGAAAAGGUAGAAUGUGAAAAGUUCAAGAAACACAGUGCAGAUCAGCAAGUUGGCCAAAGUUGGUUGGGUUAGUACACCAGCCAGUGCGGUCGGUGUCGCGCGUUCAGCAGUGGUUCGUCGUCGGUCGGACGUUGAAGAAAUCGUUGUUUACAGCCGCUUGAGCUCAAGUUGUGUGGAGUGUUGCAGCAAGUGCAAGUGGUUGGAGUUUUUGGUGUGGAAAAAAGACAACAACAACAAAAACAACAACAACAGCAAAAAUAAAAUAAUAAAACAUAAACACAGUUAAUAAAUUAAGUAGGUGAGAAAUAUCAUAAAAUUCGUAUGAAAAGCUCGAAAGGCCCUUCUUCGGCAGCGACUUUUGUGAAAUGUUACACCAACAACAAUAAAAACAACAGUAACCUAAAACCUAAAUAAAAGUGUGGCUUAAGUGAAUUGCAAAAGAGUGGCUGCGGCAACAACAACUUAACAAAGUAUCAAGAAGUGCAACGCAAGAGGUGUAGUGCAGUGAAGUGCAAAAAAAGUGCAACGCAUGUGAAUGUGCGAAGUGUGUCUUGCGCAGCCGGCCGAUUUUUGCCAAGUAGCAGCAAUCCAUUAUUGCUUUUAUUAUUAUUAUUGUUAUUGUUUUCUGUUGCGGUUUUCAUUAGUGUAGCCGCUGUGAUCGAUCGUCGAUAAACGGCGACAAACAAGCCAGUAAACAAAAAAGAAUACAAACAGCAACAAGAAGACGCGCAUCGAAGACGUUGCCAAAAAACAAAAAAAAAACGCAUACAAAUUUGCAAUGAAAGGCUUUUAGCUGUUAGCUUUGCUUAGCUUUCGGCUUUCGGCUUUCGAACAAUAAGCGACGCUGAGAGUUUGCGUGAAUAAACACUUAAAACGGCAGACGUACAACCAAACAAAGGAGAUUUGAAUAUUAAUGACAACUUUCUAACUUUUCGAACUUUGUUGGCUCGUAAAGUUAAAGUUGCAGUGCGCGUGUCGGAAUUUUCGUCACCUCACCGCUGUACGCCGGAGACGUGGUAGGAAUUGUAGCAACAAAUUGGGUCAUUGAUUGUUGGUUUCGGUUAACUCAGCAGGCUCAGAAUCAACUCUGGAAGCCUUGAACAUCGAAUUGAGGACAACAACAGCGCAUCGGAUGAGAACAGCGACAACAGCAAAUACGCAACACAAACAGAGACCGCAGAAGGUACAAAGACCACAGCCGCGAGAAGUAGGAAGGAGUUAAGAGGAGCAAGGAAGAUAAGCCGCGAGAACAGCGGAAGCGUACGCAACGUAAUAAACGCAUCAUUCCCAAAAAACAUGUUGGCAGCAACAACUACAUUGACAACAACAAAAACACUAACCGCUGCGAUGACAACAUUGACAACAAACGGCACAACAAUGCCGACCACGAGCAUGCUGAUGACAACAACAACAAAAACAGCGGCAGCAAGUGAAAAAACAACAACAAGAGUUACUAAACAAACGACACAUGCCUCAACGACAGCAAGAGGAACAACUGGCAGCAGAGCAGCAACAACAACACCAACAAUUACCUCAGAUCCAGGCAUUUUAUGCUUUCAUCAUUGCAAUGUAAAAGUUUUCUGCUUCCACUUGCCACACCGUUGCCCCAAAUGCAAACAAGUAUUAGACACUGGCGUCGAUGUGGACGGCAAGCAUGAUGCGGCCGAUGCGGCUGACGAUGAGGACGUUGUACGUGGUAAUGAAACGGUGAGCAAUGGUGGCUACACCGGUGGACGCACACGUAGCACAGGUAGCGCUGGUGUUGGUGUUGUUGGUGGCACACGUUUAUUACCUUUUCGCUUGCCCUAUCCGUUCAUACGUGCCUCGCAAUAUCCCUGCGCAAUUGUUUUACGUCCGACCACAGGCGAUUUUCUCAAUGACUACAACAACUCAACCGAUUUGCAUAUUGCCGUGACGACCUCAACGGGUUGUGUUGUGGAAUUCGAUCGGUAUGGCUUGCGGCGCCAUCGGCCCGAUAAUGCACGCAUGUCCGAUUGGUGGCAAUGCCUGCUGGUUGGCGAUGUCCCCGAACCAUGGUAUGACUAUUGGGAUGAUAUAUUGCAGCAGAUUUGCAAUCAGCCGGAUCGCUGGACCGUCUCCCAUUACCAGGAGGAUAGCCACAAUUGUUACACAUUCGUAUUGGCAUUCCUGCAGGCGCUCGCCUAUGACAAGCUCAGCGCUGCCGCACGCUCCAAAACCGGUUUCUGUGAGAAGUAUAUAGUUCCUAGAACCACAACGGCCGGCAAGUAUAUAUCCUUGUAUCGCAAGUUGCGCGAUACGGGCAUUUAUGUGCAUCCACAUCCACAGCACUAUCAACACCAAAGGCUUUUGUUGCUUAACGGCAAACAACAGCAGCACCAGCAACACUACUACAACCAGCAGCAUCUACAAGUGAAGCCGUCACGUGGCAAGUCGAGACACAAUGGACACUUGAAUGGCAACGCUACGUCCGCUCUGCUGGCCAACGGUGGCAAGGCAACCAGUAUCAUUUUGCGUGCACCUAAUCUCUGCACCAUCGAAGAGUGAAGCACUUGCGCUUCAGUUGGUUCUUCGAUAGCGGUUCCUCAUUCAUCCAUACACUCAAUCAUUCAUUUACACCAUUCCAUUAAUUUGUAUAUGAGCACGUACUUGGUAGGUCCACGGCAACAAUGUGUUAAGCAAUUAUGUAAUUGAAUAUACUAUAACGGCACACCAGUGCAACAACAACAACAAUAGCGUUGAUAUCACGGAAUGCAGUAAUACACUUUCGGAGAAACGGACUAGUUUGGAACUAGUCCUCACUUGGCACCAAUUUGCGAUGUAGUUUCCUUUUCAGUAGUGCCAGACUAGUCCAAAGUGUUUAAGAAUUCCCAGUCUCGAGUAGAAAUGAGAAAACAGUAAUGUUCACCACGAACACCACGAGUAGUUUCAAGAGUUCCCGAACUCUGGUCUUACAAUUUUUUCUAACUACUCUUUCGCUGUUUUCAUUUCUCCGCCGGGUUGUCACCGUUACACACACAGCUGCAUAUUCCUCGAUACUCUCUCGAUGAGUGAGUGAGUGAGCGUGGCACUUCCUGCCAGCCACCAGUCAAUGUUCCUCAAUAUUGCAUCCUUUGUUCGCCAGCUCGUUUGCAUCGAAUACACUUUCUUUUAUUAGUUUUUAUUGUUUUCUUCGCUUGCUGCUGAUUUUUAAGGUGUAUUUUUUCCUACAAUGUUUCUAUUCUUCAACUUUGGUCUCUUUUGUCUUAAACUUUUAAGUUAAAAUAAGAAAAUAGUUCAUUUUGAUGUGAAAAAAUUUGCCUUUUAUGCAUUAAAAGUC